GGAAGGGAUCGGCUGGAAGGAUGGGUUUCUCUUUCUGGCCCCGAAACGUACGAUUUACUUGGAGGGAUGAGGGAUGAUGAAAAAUGUCAGCAGCAGAAACAAAGGCGAGGAGCGAUUAUGUUUCCCCACCGCCACCAAGCCUUUAGCUUUGACGGGGUAGCAGGGAGCAGAUCCGCUGGAUUUCGGAGUACGGAAUAAUAACUAUCAGACUAUAAAAGAGCCAAGACAGAUCCCACUGGGGGAAUGUGAAAGAAGCAACUUUAUUUAACUCCAGCGGAGGUUACGACAGGAGAGCUAAUGGAGUUGCUGAACUGGACACUUGUUGUUUUCGAUCCCGGGAUCCGCUGGCGAUGCGGAUAUUCAUUCUCGCAGCUGAUCUUCAGCCUCUUCGCGGGUGUGGAAUAAAAGUAGAAGAAACAAUGCCAGUGGAAAGAAUGCGGAUGCGGCCAUGGCUAGAGGAACAAAUAAAUUCAAAUAAAAUUCCAGGCCUGAAAUGGCUAAAUGAGGAAAAGAAGAUUUUUCAGAUUCCUUGGAUGCACGCUGCACGUCAUGGGUGGGAUGUAGAAAAAGAUGCCCCUUUAUUUAGGAACUGGGCCAUUCACACAGGAAAGUACCAGCCAGGAGUUGAUAAAGCAGAUCCAAAGACAUGGAAGGCAAAUUUUCGUUGUGCCAUGAACUCCUUACCUGAUAUUGAAGAAGUCAAAGACAAAAGCAUAAAGAAAGGAAACAAUGCCUUCAGAGUAUACCGGAUGCUGCCAAUAUCCGAGAGGCCUUCUAAGAAAGGAAAGAAACCCAAGCCAGACAAGGAAGACAAAGUGAAACAAAUUAAGCAAGAACCAGAGGAGUCAUCUUAUGAACUGAGUAAUGGAACAAGUCAGGGGUUUUCCGAUUACUGCUUAUCUUCCACAAUAAAAACUGAAGUCGACAGUACAAUAAACAUUGUAGUCGUAGGAGAUACACCCUUUGAGGUUGGUCCUGGGGAUCAUAUGAUUGUUCCCAAUCCUCCUGAUGUUUGCCAAGUUGUAGAGGUGACAACAGAGUGUGAUGACCAGCCCAGCAGUAUGAGUCAACUAUAUCCACUACAGAUCUCCCCUGUUUCCUCCUAUGUAGAAAGUGAAACGACAGAUAGCAUCCCAAGCGAUGAAGAAAACGCACAGGGUCAGCUUCAUUGGCAAAAGGAAAACAUUGGCGGCAAGCAAUACUAUAGCAACUUGGGGACAAGGAACUCCCCUUAUCCACUUCCCGGCAUGGCUACCUUUGUGACUUCUAACAAACCUGACCUCCAGGUCACCAUCAAAGAAGAAAACUACCCUCUGCCUUACAACAGCACGUGGCCUUCUUUCUCAGAGUUCCCUCUCCAACAAAUCAUGUGUUCAGCUUCUACCAGUUACAGCAGCAGGCCGCCAGAUCAUGAGAACCGGGCAAGCGUUAUCAAGAAAACAUCAGAUAUUACUCAGUCAAGGGUCAAGAGCAGUUAAGCCAUGAGUGCUAUGUUCUUGGCAGAUCUUGUGUUAUGGCUUUGACAGACACAUCUAAAGUACAUUCAACAAAUAUAAGGAAAAAGCCUUGAUAAUGCAAAACAGGACUGUGUCCAACUCCAGUACUGGAGCAUUUUAAACUCAGGACUCCAGCCAUCAGAAUGUAGACAUGAAGCAAGUUCGGAGUUCCAAGGUUACAGCCCUAGGAAAGAAGGCCCAGGUUGGUAUGUUCCGGAGCUUCAUCAAGAGGACCAACAGCACCUCCAACGGAGUUGCUACACUUCUUGUAGUCAAGGCCAUAAUGGAACUGAAAACCUUGGAAUGGAAGAGAAAAUGUGAACUAGCUGGAUUAUUUUUUUUUUCAGAAUCUAUUGUGAAUAUGUAUAUAGUGCAGUACUAGCAAUAUUGCAGUCUGCUUUCGCACCUUAUUAAAAAAAAAAGCACUUGCAAAGAAGGCCUUUCGUUAUCUUGCUCUAAUUAAUGGCACACUCCCACACCCAAUGUUGUUCUUUCCCAAGGCUCAGCUGGCUAAUGUAGCCUUGGACUAUGGAAAAAUGAAUUAAAUAGGAAGGUAAAAUCUUCCGAUGUACAUUUCACAGAUUGUUUUUAAGAGUGCUUGUCUUAUACGUGUCUAAUCUGCUAUGCUUGAAAGCUGUGUGGUACAAUAGAAGAAAAUCUAUUACAGAUAUAUUAUGCAAAUUCCCAGGUUUUAAAGAGAGAGAGAAAAUACUCUAAUUCUAACCAGAGUAAGCUUUUUUAUUUUUUUAUACAGUGGAAUAUUUUAUUCUAAGUAAAAUUCUAAAGUGAAUAUAAUUGUUUCAGGUUUUUUAUCUUUUCUACAGCAAAUUUAUAAUUUUACAAUUCAGUGUCUUGGUUGUCAGCAACAAUUACAUCUUUGUGACACAAUUUUCUUUCAUUUCUCCCUCUGUUUUUUUUUUUAAACAAUUUGUAACAGUGAAAUAGCUUUUAAUGAAUUUUAUGUAGCAAUCAAACUAUCCUGUGGAUUGAUAAUAAAUAUUAUAUAUAGUUAAGUUUUUAAACAAA